UGGUAUACAAGUACAUGUCAUUGUCAUUAUGGUCAAUAGUCGUUCACGUGCAUACGUGAUCGCUUGUCCCUGAGGUGCGUUGCAUCCUCGGUGCCACCGGAGCACAAGCCAGCAUCUCCCCGUCCUCCUCGUCUGUCUCUGGGAAGAACGCUGGAGGUCCUCCGCCUCUUAGCUCCAGUCCCGCCAGCCCGGGUGGAGGCAGCUCGGACACCUGGCUGGACCAGAGAGACCCCUCCGGAUAACAGGAGCGUUCCACAAUCUCCAUUAACCAUUCCACAAUCUUUAGCACCUGUCCAUGUCGAAGUCAACCCAGAUGCCACUGUCCAACAUCACGGUGCCAAAGCCCUCCAUUUCUCGGGUACCCAGCAGCAUGGAGGGCAUCAACCAUGAGCUGGAGAAGGUCUUUAUUAAAGACAACGGAGAGAAGGAGGAGCUGAAGUCCCUGGAGGUUCCUGAUGGCCGCAGGGCACCCUUCCCUCCCCAGCAGCGUAGCAGCAGCUCCCGGAGCAUGGACACCCAAACUCCCUUAGGUCCUGGGCGGUCCAGCAGUUGCUCCAGCUUGUCACCCUGCCCCUCACCUGCCUGCCCACCUGGAUCACAUGACAGCAGUCCUUACUCCACAGAGGAUCUACUCGACGAUCCUGAUAAAGACGGUGAAAGCAGCUCACCACUACCCAAAUUCGCCUCCUCACCUAAACCCAACAACAGCUACAUGUUCAAGAGAGAGCCGCCUGAAGGUUGUGAGAAGAUUAAAGCCUUUGAGGAGAUGAGCUCCCGGCAGUCCACGUCAGCAUCAACCCCCCUCUUCUCCUGCCCAGACAAGAACAAGGUCAACUUCAUCCCGACAGGCUCGGCGUUUUGCCCCGUCAAACUCCCAGGCUCCUUGCACCUCACGCCAGCCGCACAGUCCGAGGAGAAGUCGGGUCCGAGCGCUGAGUCUCAGGUGGCAACAGCAUCGCACGGUUUUCCCACUCAAGUUUCCACCAGCACCAGCACAGAUGAUCCACCGGAGGUGCCCGACUCCCCGUCGGAGACUGCAGACUCCCAGACAGACAGUCCAUCCAUCAGCUAGACCUGAGCACCAGGUACAUCUUUAUGACGUGUGACCACUGACUCUCCCAAAACACCUCAGCCUGUUCCAACAGGAGACUCUCUGUGCUGACCCCACUAACUCGUCCUUUAUCUCUGCAUGAUGUGGAAACCAUGUCUCCGACUAAGACUUCCUCUCCUGCAGCACAAGGCAGCACCGCAUACGUUCAAGUUUGUCAUCAUAUUAGGGAAGAAUAAACAACUAUGGGAGGGCUCAAAAGGGUAUUUAUAUAUUUUUCUGGAUGUUUUGUUUCAAACAUUUGCGGUAUGAAUAAGCUCUUCAAUCAAUCACAAUAUCUUAGUUGAUCAGUUACAACAGUACGGAAUCAGGGUGGUGAUUUGGAAUUAUGAGAAAGGCUACUUAACAAACAGGAAGCAAUUUGUGACGUGUCAAAAACACGCAUCUUCAUGCUUGGGUACGCUUUGCGGCAUACCCCAAGGGUCAAUGCUGGGACCAAAGUUGUUGAUUUGAUUUGAAAGGCUUAAAGUUAGUAUUACUUGCAGAUAACACGACUGCAUUUCGUUUAGGGGAGCAUGCACAGGAGCUAAUGAAAACAAUCACAGUGCUAAAUAUAUGCAUAUACUGUAAAUACACAUACUGUAUCUAUGAGAAGAAAAAAAGACUUGUUUUGAAGAAAAGAAACAAAAGGUGUAUGGCUGUGUUAUGUAGCCAGCAGGAUAAGCAGCUGGACAUGUUUACAAGAUACUGGUGACUGGCUGAUCCCAUGACUAGUGUGUCGUUUGAUUUUGCUCAUUUCUACAUUUGGCUUUCAAUAGUGUUUAUCACCUUCUUUAUCAAAGUGCUGGCACUCGCAACUUUCUUAUUUAGCAGUUGCACUCAAUAAAAAAUGCACGGGCAGUAAGUCAGCAACGCCUAGGGUGAUUUGUUUGGGCAGUACAUACUCAAGGCUCCAGGGCAAACGGACUAGUUUCUUACGUGCAAUAUUGUACGAAAACCGAGACAAACCUUUUGUGAAAAUUUUCCACCCAAACUGAAUCAUACGAAAACUGGGGCGUACGAAAGGUUUUGAUGGUACACCUUCAUGAAAAUAUGGAGUUCACGCCAAUACAGUGGAACCUUGGUUCGCGUCAUCAAUCCGUUCCAGAAGCUCCGACUAACUGAAAAGCACUCUUAAUGAAUACAUUUUUCCCAUAAGAAAUAAUUACAAUUACAGUAAUCACUCGGUUUUUGUGGUUAAUUGGUUGAAGACCCGAAUAUGAUAAAAGUAGGAUUCCUUAUUUAUAAAUGGGACAUUUCUGUAGUUAGACCAUAGAAAAUCUGUUUUCGACCUUUAAAAUACAGUUUUUACAUUAUUAGAACACUCUAGACAUGAAAUAACACCCCUAUAGUCACCUUUACACUCCUAUUACCCAGUAUCGUACACAUAAAAGAAAAUAAGACAUAAUAUAGACUCACACAGGUUAGCAUUGGGGAAGUUCGUUCGUUGUUCUUUUCUUACUUCCUGUUUCUGUACAGUACUUCCUGCGGUGACUCUUGGCACCUUGUGACCAGUGUAGAAUACUGCAUAUGAUCACGUCUUUGAAUGCAUCUUGUGAAUGCCUUCUUUUUAUAUUUUAGUCCAUUUAUCCAUUUUUAUGCUUGAAAAAGCUUAACUUAGGCCCAAAAAUAUGUAAAAUAUGCUCAAAUAUACAUAGUUUUUUACUAGUAAUAGGCCAUAUUCAACCAACGUGAUUGUUGACAAAGAUGGCGACACCACCCUUCGUGUUUUGCCGUGAGUUAUUUCUUAAAUUCAGUAGUGUUUCUCACCUUUAUCAAAAUGCUGGCACUUGCGAUUUUCUCAGACUCAAUUUUAGGUUAUUUUGCUCAACAAGAAAAGCAUAGUCUUGUGGCCUGACUAUGUUAGUUAGCAAAGAACUACAGAGUCAACCACUGAUGAUGUCAUAGACGGCCGACGGAGCUGGGGGACAAUGACUCCCGGUUGCCGUUUCUAUGUUAACACGAUGCUAACGGGGAUGAUACGUUCCGAACACAGUUGGACUCACGCAGUGUCUUAAUAAGACGGCAAGACACUAACCGGGAAAUGUAUGCAAACCUAGGCCAAAUUUUUGCUACAAAUUUUUAAGGUGAACCAAAAAAUUUGCUAACAGGAUCGUAUGUUAACCAAGGUUCCACUAUAGAAUUGCCUCAGAUAUCUUAAGAUAAGAUAAUACAUUCAUGAGGAGUGACUUAUCGUUACCUUAUCAUCAAUGAUAUUAAUUGAAAAGUAAGAAACAAUCAAAAAUGUUUGGUUGCGUCCGAUUGCAGUCAUGACGGGCUCAAUCACUUGGGGGGCAAACAAGCGUAUUCGUCGUCAGAGCGAGAAUGCUGUGUCAUUCAAACAGGAAUUUUGGGAAAAGUUAUUCCUUAGAGUCCAUCGGAAAAGGGAAAAAAGUUGAAGAAACAACUGAAAAAGGCAGCAAAAUGUGGCUCCAGUUUGCAGUGACCAACAACAAGCAAAAUUUAUAGUGAAACUAGGGUGACCAAACAUCCUGUUUUCCCAGGACAUGUCCUGUUUUCCUGUCCUGGCCAUCCUGGAGGUUUCUUGUUAGAAAGUGAUGACAAUUUCCUGGUUUUCAUUGAUUUUCAUUAAAUUGCGAUCACUCUGCUGCAUGUGACGUAAUCCCCGAGAGGCUGCCAUGUGGACAGCUUUUUUGAAUUGGUGUUCCCAAAAAGCCAACGAAAAAGCCAACGCUUGCCGAGAUGAAGUCUAGUAAAAUUCUUGCGACUUUGGGGGGCAAAUUUUCUCUAAAAAUUAGAGUUACAUUCCAAAACGUCAAUGAACCUCAGGUUCCUGUGUGAUGUUUUGAAUAUUCUCCCUUUGAAAUUUGUGUCUUAGGCCAUAAACAAGAGAUUACCACAUUACAAAAUACCAUCUAUGACUAAAUAGAGUAAAAAUAGUGGCAGGAAAUAAAACAUAUUAGCCAUAAAUAAGACUCACGAAAUAUAACUGAGUGAAAACACAUCUUUUUUGGACAGCCCAGACAGGAUUAGCAGUAACAGGCUAUGACAGCCAAGAAACCAAGAUCCUAUAAGCCAACAAAUAGCACAUGGAAAAUGGAAUGAUCGGCCACACCUUGAGAAAACUCUUGGAAUCGCCAGGUUAAAUAUCGGGUUGGCUGCCCGAAGAUGACUCUUGUGAGGAAGAAACCUGGGGACAUCUGAAGGUAGUUUGAAAUCACGACUUUGCUGAUGUUGAGAAACUAUAAACCUUUCUAAUACUCUGACAUCUGCGCAUCUCUGUGCGAAGUGAACGGUGGCGUAUCGAAUGUUUGCCCCCCCAAGUGAGUUUUAUUGGCCUUUAUUGAAAGGCUGUCCAUUUUGAAAAUAAAUGAGGUUUACAAUGGAGUGGGGGUGAUUGAAUAAUUUGGUUGUUUUUUCUGUUUAUUGUAUUUAAAGACCAAAGACUAGACUUGUGCUGUCCAUUCAUGUCAUAUAAUUUUCUAAGUUGAUUAAUCUGAGGCUUGUUUCAAUUAAUCGAGUAAUCGGUUCGACCCCAGACUGACCAAAUCAAUGUGAAUUAAACACAGUCAGUGGUUUGGUCCGCAACAUAUCAGAAAAGAGGCAAAAAUGUUGAUCAAAGUUAAAGCUGAUGUUAAAAAAAAGGAUUAAUCGAACACCAAGAGUUGUCGAUUAAUUGGAUAAUCGAUUAAUCAUCAAUUCUUCAAUUAAUUGUUGCAGCUCUAAUAUUUAUAUAGAUAUAUUUGCAAUCAUCCACAAGCAGUCAUCUGUCAUCUUGACUGUUCAGUUUGCAUUGUUACACAGUGGAGGCGUCAAUGUCCAACGCCAUGAAUUAUGUGAGAAAUCGAUUAAAUAUUAUCGCUAAAGAUUGAAUUAUCACUGUCUGACAUGUUUGCAGAGCAAUACUGUCCCCUAGUGGUGUUUUAUGGGCAUUGCUGAUAGUGUUUGCACACAUGAUACAUUUUUGCUUGUUUUGUUGAUGUGUAUUGUUUAAUAACUCAACAAUGUUGUUUGUGAAACAUUAACACCUGCUUGGUAGAAGUUGUUUGUUCAUGGGGUCCAUUUUUGCAACAUAGUGUAAAAAUAAAUGUAUUAUGAAUGAGAUAUAUUAUUAGAUAUGACACUAAUGAGCUUUGUGGUGUAUAACACAAAGCUAAGAUGUUUUGUUCAGGUAGUUUAGCAUCUACUGGGUUGCUAAAUGUACCAAACUGAAUCAUCCGAAAACUGGGGCGUAGGAAAACCAAGGUUUGAUUGUACAUACAUUCACCUAAAUCUUAUAAGCGGUUCUGAAGGUUCCAGAAUGUCUUUUAAUCUGACAAGGCCAAGCGCUGUUCAUUUCUCACUGGUAAUCAUGACUGACUGCAGCUGGUAGCUUCUCUUUGCUAGCAGAAAAUCAUGACUUUGGUGGACCAGCAGUCAGAAGAAUGGGAAAGUCAAACGUCCUCAAUGAAGGAGAAUUACAGUAUAGUUUGACACAAGUUGAGAGAGUCUUUUGGAAAUAUUCAGGAUAAUCAUUUCCCACAUUCCCCAAAAAUUCCCACUUUUCCCGUAAUUCCACAUUUUAGUUCUUCCACCAAUCAAGACAACAGGAAAGUACAAUAUACUGUGCACUGUGCAUCAGCUAAUAAAUACUUCAUGUUGCUGUUCCAUAUCCUUUUCCAUGCACGAGUGUAAAUGAUGUACAACUUGAAGCAUAAUCCACAUGUUGUGUUCAUAUCUUGUGUGCUUGCAAUGCUUCUCCUAUCAUACUUUGGAUAUGGAAUCUUGUAUGACAUUCCAGCACCUUAUAAAGACUAUAUUUUACCCACA